GGAAGAAAAUGAAGAGAGAGAAGCACCCCAACCCUCUAGAGGCAAUUGAGAGACAGAGAGAGAGAGAGAGCAAAAGAAGAGCUCAUAUGCUCUUACAUUUUUAUAAAAGAAGAAAAACGCGUUUGACCUGACCUUGUAGACCUCGUCGACUAUCACUUUGCAAAAACUCUGGCACAAACCCAAACCCGAAGCACCAAACUUUGUUCGAGGCAUCUCUCUCUCUCCCUACCCUAACCCCACGUUGCAUUUGUCUGGCCUAACAUUCAUUUCUGCUUUCUGUGCUUCUCUCAGCACAGUAUCUCCAUCUUCUUCUCCACCUGCCAAGCCCCAAAAACGAGUGUGCAGAGGCCAAACCAGGAAGACCCAUUUGUCUUCUUUUGAUCUAAUCUCUGUUCUUGGACAACCCCAACUUCAUCAAACACCUUGGUGUCUUGGUCCGCCGUGCCAGCCAUGGCGGACAUAGUGAAGCAAAUCUUGGCAAAGCCGAUCCAACUAGCUGACCAAGUCACGAAGGCUGCAGAGGAGGCCAGUUCAUCUAAGCAGGAGUGCUUCGAGCUCAAAUCCAAGACCGAGAAGCUCGCACUGCUUCUCCGGCAAGCCGCUCGGGCCAGCUCCGACCUCUACGAGCGCCCAACUCGCCGGAUCAUCGACGAGACUGAGCAAGUGCUCGACAAAGCGCUGUCUCUGGUGCUCAAAUGCCGCGCCAACGGCAUCAUGAAGAGAGUCUUCACCAUCAUCCCAGCCGCCCAGUUCCGGAAAAUGUCGUCGCAGCUCGAAAAUUCCAUCGGAGACCUGUCGUGGCUGCUCCGGGUAUCGGCCCCGGCCGAUACCCGGGAAGAUGGGUACCUUGGGCUGCCUCCAAUCGCCGCAAACGAGCCAAUUCUGUGCCUCAUUUGGGAGCAGAUUGCAAUUCUGCACACUGGGUCAGUUGACGAUCGAUCUGAUGCAGCAGCUUCGCUUGUUUCGCUUGCCAAGGACAAUGAUCGAUACGGAAAGUUGAUAAUUGAGGAAGGUGGAGUUGGACCCUUGUUGAAAUUAAUCAAGGAGGGUAAAAUGGAAGGCCAAGAGCACGCUGCUGAGGCCCUUGGAUUGCUGGGACGUGACCCGGAAAGCGUAGAACACAUGAUCCAUGCCGGGGUGUGUUCGGUGUUUGCGAAGAUCCUUAAAGAAGGUCCGAUGAGAGUUCAGGCCAUGGUGGCCCGGGCCAUCUCGGAGCUUGCAUCUCAUUACCCCAAAUGUCAGGAUCUUUUUGCGCAGCACAAUAUCAUCCGGUUGCUGGUUAGCCAUCUUGCGUUCGAAACUGUUCAGGAGCAUAGUAAGUAUGCUAUUACUUUCAACAAAGCCACAUCGAUCCAUGCGGUUGUGGUGGCUACAAACAACUCCAAUGCAAAUUAUAUUCCGAACAGGGCGAGUGACGAGGAUGAGAAGCAGGGUUACCGUCACAUUCCUCAUCCGUUGGGCAAUCGAAUCUCGAGUCAGAUGCACAAUGUGGUUACUAGCACCAUGGCAAUGCAGGGCGGGUUGAAGCCUCCUCUCCAACAAGUAGUUAACGGAGUGAAUCAAGCCAAUCCAGCCAAUCAAGCCAAAAGCAAUGGCAACAGCAACAGCAACAGCAAUGCAAAGCAGAAUCAUCAGUACCAACAAUCCCCACACCAUCAUCAGCAUAAUCAUUCAGGGACUAGCAUUAAGGGGAGGGAAUUGGAAGACCCUGCCACCAAGGCCACCAUGAAAGCAAUGGCAGCAAGAGCUCUUUGGCAGCUUGCCAAAGGAAACUCGCCCAUUUGCCGUAGCAUCACGGAAUCAAGGGCACUGUUGUGUUUUGCAGUGCUCCUGGAAAAAGGCUCUGAAGAUGUUCAACUCAAUUCUGCCAUGGCAUUAAUGGAGAUCACGGCAGUGGCGGAGAAGGAUGCUGAGUUGAGAAGAUCUGCCUUCAAGCCUAAUUCUCCGGCUUGCAGGUCUGUGGUUGAUCAAUUACAAAAUAUUACUGAAAAGGCUGAUGCAGAUUUAGACCUCCUGAUUCCAUGCAUCAAAGCUGUUGGGAAUUUGGCAAGGACAUUUCGGGCAACUGAGACAAGGAUGAUUGGCCCGUUGGUGCGGCUUCUUGACGAAAGAGAAGCUGAGGUUACCAGGGAGGCUACCAUUGCCCUCACAAAAUUUGCAUGUACAGAGAACUAUCUCCAUCUUGACCAUUCCAAGGCAAUAAUAUGUGCAGGAGGUGCUAAGCACUUGAUCCAGCUUGUGUAUUUUGGGGAGCAAAUUGUUCAGAUUCCUGCCUUAGUUCUCAUGUGCUACAUUGCAUUUCAUGUACCAGACAGUGAAGAACUUGCCCAGGCUGAGGUGCUCACCGUGCUUGAAUGGGCGUCCAAGCAAUCCUAUAUGACCCAAGACGAAGCACUGGAAAUGUUGUUACAAGAAGCUAAGAGUAGGUUGGAUCUUUAUCAGUCCAAGGGCUCAAAAUACCAAUGCCAUUGAUUUUAUCAGAAGGCAGAGCGGUUUCCUAUUCCUUGAAAAGAGAAAAGAUGUCAUUCUUUUGUUUAUGUUUUAUCGUUGUCAUGGAGUGUACAUACUAUGUAAUUUACAACUUUCUCAGUCAAAUGAAUAUCUUCUUCUUUGAAUA